ACUAAAAGUAAAGAAGUAGAAAUAUAUAUGGUUAAACACUUCCGAGUGGAUCGAGAGGAGAAAUAUGAAAUAAUUGAAAAGUGGCUUUUGAAAGAUCUGGAGAUGAUUGAUGGAAAAGAAGCAGAUACUGAUAAUCCAUAUUUUGAUAUGCACUUCCACAAAGUCUACAAUCUGGAAGCAUAUAGUUGUGCAUCUAAAUAUACCUUUGCUCGAACACUAAACAAACUGAAUGAAACGUAUCUUAAGAAGGACUUGAAGAUUGUGAACUUUGAUGACACCUACUUAAAUGAUGAUUCAAUCUGGUCAUCCAACAAUAGGGAUUGCUUAGUACUUAUGAGGAUAUGUUUUUAUGCUUCCAACCUUUUAUGUCUCUCCUUGUGUCCUUUGUCCUAA